CCCGCCGCGCCCCGCAGCCCGUUAAAGGGGCCGCGCCCUCGGCGCCCGCCUAGCGCGAGCCCAAGCGGAGGGUACCGGACCUGGCCGCGGGCUGGCGGGCGGGGAGGCGAGGGCGUGCGUCCGAGCAGCGCGCGGGACGGCCCCUCCGCACCAUGUACACCAUCACUAAGGGGCCAAGCAAGCUGGUCGCACAGCGCCGCACAGGGCCCACGCAGCAGCAAGUAGACAGCAGGCUCGGAGAGCUCCUGAAAUGCCGACAGCCGGCGCCGCCCACUCCGUCGCCCCCGCGGGCGCAGCCACCAGGACCCUGGCCGCUCUCGAGUCCGGGGCCAAGGCUCGUGUUCAACCGGGUGAAUGGCCGGCGGCCCCCCACCACAUCCCCAUCCAUCGAGGGGACCCAGGAGACUUAUACACUGGCCCACGAGGAGAAUGUCCGCUUUGUGUCCGAAGCCUGGCAGCAAGUGGAGCAGCAACUGGGUGGUGGCCCAGCCGGUGAGAGCGGCCCGAGGCCUGUGCAGUAUGUGGAGAGGACCCCCAACCCCCGUCUGCAGAACUUUGUGCCCAUUGACCUGGACGAGUGGUGGGCACAGCAGUUUCUGGCCAGAAUCACGAAUUGCUCCUAGCCGCUGCCGCAGGAGGAAGGCGGCCUGCACAGGACCUGGCCCUGCCCCGCCCCAUGGCAGACCCUCUGCUAGGAGAGGACCACGGCGCCCUGUCCACCCACUGCGGCAGGCUGUGCUUCACCCUGGGCCAAGCCGGACGCCGGCCACACCUGAAGUGCCAGCAUUUGGACUUUCGCACCUGUUGACUGACACCUUGGUUCAGCUGUCCCAGGAUACCAGGGGCCAGGGGCUGAAACUGUCUGACCUCAAUCCCGCUCACUGUGCCCAGGGAACAGCCCCAGGGGCUGACAGGGCGGAGCUCCAGGCUAAUAAAGUUGAGAAAUUGCCUUUU